AUGGAGGAAUCUAACGCGGCGGCUCUCUCGACUUUUUCUCAACGGGGGCAAGGGGCCGUAGAAUCGGGCUCAAAGUUUAUGACAUGGGAUAUCAUCAGCGACAUGUGGCAUCCCCAGACCAACCCUUCGGGAAUUCUAUCAGUUGGGAUGGCUGAAAACACACUUCUCCAUGACUUCCUUCUGGAGUUCAUCCAUGCCAAUGUCAAGCUCACGGCGGCGCAUCUCACAUACAACAAUGGCCCCACGGGAUCAAAUGCACUCAAAAGGGCAUUAUCUCACUUUCUGAACCGACACUUCAAUCCAUUCCGCCAAGUUGAACCAGCUCAUGUGCUGGUGACCAAUGGAUGCUCCUCCGCAAUUGAGCAUCUCAGUUGGACCUUCUUGAAUCCAGGAGAGGGAAUGCUUCUGGGCAUGCCGUACUACAGCACCUUCAUCCCGGAUAUUGCCUUACGACCAGGCGCAGUGGUAGUCCCCGUGAAGAUGGGCGAUUUAGAUCCUCUGAGCCCGGAAGCCGUACAAGCGUACGAGGACGCGGCCGUUGAAUUCGAAGCCAGGACUGGAAAGCGUGUACGCGGAGUCAUGCUUUGCAACCCGCAUAACCCACUGAGUCGUUGUUACCCACGCGAGACAGUGACAGCAUUGAUGAAACUGUGUCAAUCCCGCAAGAUGCAUCUAAUCUCAGACGAGAUCUAUGCACUGUCGGUGUGGGAGAAUAGGGUCGACGGUCCAGACUCUCAUGUUCCAUUCGAGUCUCUAUUGUCCAGAGACACGACUGGUCUCAUUGACCCGCAGCUCGUACACGUACUUUGGGGGAUGAGCAAAGACUUCGGAGCCAAUGGUCUGCGUGUGGGAGCUGUUAUCACUCAAUCCAGUCCGGAGUUUCAUGUCGCUCAGAGAUGCUUGUCCCUCUACAGUUAUGUGUCUGCCAUGUCAGACCAGACCACCGCGGCGAUUCUUUCUAACGAUGAAUUCACGGAUGCGUACAUCGCAAAGAAUCGUGAGCUCCUUUCGGUCUCGCAUGCAUUCAUUGUCAACGAGCUAAAGAAAUCCGGCAUCGAAUAUUUGCCUGGCUGUCAUGCGGCAUUCUUUAUCUGGGUCAAUCUUGGCAAGAGAUAUUUGGAGCAUCAUCCUGAAGCAGCUGGGCUUGGAGGAGAGCUCACGGAUGUUGUAUACCAGAGGUUAUUGGCAGAAAAGGUCUUCCUGGCUCAUGGGAUUUCCUUUGGGGCAGAAAAGCCGGGUUGGUUCCGUGUAGUGCUUGCACAUCCGAUUCCGUGGCUGGAGGAGGCAAUGGCACGCAUCGUACGAGCUAUAGAAUAG